CGGGCGGGGAGGCCGCAAGAAUGGAGGGGCCCUCUGCUUGCCCGGGGGUGCCGGCCUCUGCCCUGUCCGCGCGAGCAGCGAGACCGUCCUUCAAGCUAGCACGCCGAUAUGUGAUCGCGCUGCCGACGCUGGCCACGCGGGGCCCGCAGGCGGUGAGAGCCAGUCAAACGCCCACGACAGCGGCGGCGACGACAGCGGAGGACGAGCAGCAGCUUGUUGGGGUGGCAGCUCGGGGUGAGCAGAACCCUUCAGCCUCGGCUGCCCUCGAUGUGGCAGCCCUGCGUGGUCGUGUGCCCUCCCCGCCUGGCGCAGCCGCGCAGCGGCGGGCGCAGCAGCUGCUGCCGACCGUCGUCUACGACCCUGCUGCCGCGGAAGACUACUUCAAGAAGCACCCGCUGCUGCUGGCGCGUCGGGUGGCCAAAGUGGGGGCCUACUUGAUGCAGUUUGCCAGCGCACUGGUGGCCGCUCAAGUGGAUGCCGCCGUGCUUGGUGUGCGUCCCGAGCCUGGGGCAGCUGCACCAGAGCUUGUGCUGCAGCAGCUGGCUGUCAAGCUGGGGCCCACCUUUGUGAAGCUGGCACAAACCCUGAGCAUGCGCCCCGACCUGAUUGGCGAGGGCUACGCGGCGGCGCUGGCGCAGCUGCAAGACAAUGUGGCGCCCUUCGACUCUCGCACUGCCAUGAGCAUUCUGGAACAGGAGCUGGGAGCCCCGCCCGACGCCAUUUUCUCAUACAUCACCCCGCAGCCCAUUGCCUCCGCCUCGCUGGGACAGGUGUACCGCGCCACGCUGGCGGCAGACGGGCAGGAGGUGGCAGUCAAGGUGCAGCGGCCGGGCAUCGAGCGCACCAUUGCCCUGGAUGUCUACAUGCUGCGCCAGACCAUUGGUGUAUUGCAGAAGGCGGCCGGCAUUCGCCGCGACCUGCGCGUGCUGGCAGACGAGGUAGGACGGUCGCUGUACGAGGAGCUGGACUUCCGGAUUGAGGCAUCCAAUGCAGCAGAGUUCCGGAGGGCGCACUCCCACAUGCCCUUCAUCUCGGUGCCGGGCACGAUGUACCGCUACACCACGCGGCACGUGCUGGUUUCAGAGUGGGUUGAUGGUCGCACGUUGGAGGAGAAGGAGCAGCAGCGGCAGUCGCGGCGCCAAAUCCUCAACCUCGUGCGCAUGGGCGUGCAGUGCUCACUGGCCCAGCUGCUGGUGACGGGCGUGAUGCACGGCGACCCCCACAGCGGCAACCUGCUGCUGCGCUCGGCGGAUGGCAAGCUGUGUUAUCUCGAUUUUGGACUUGUGGUACGGGUCACGCCAGAGCACCGCCAGGCCAUGAUGGUGUGUAGUGGGGUGGGGCAGGCCUGUGAGUCAGGGAGGCAGGUUGGAGGGGCCUGUCAGGCAUGCAUCGCCUCGGAAUGGUGUGGCUUGCCGCGGUGA